AUGGAGCUCCACACGCGGCUGCUGCUCCUGCUGGAGGUGUUAGCGGUGGCCCUGGUCCUCUCUGCCCGCGGAGACCUGUGUGAGGUGAACCUCUGUGAUAAUGGAGGCACCUGUGUGAAGGCAGCGGGGUCAGAGUUCAUCUGCAUCUGUCCAGACGAGUACACUGGAGACAAGUGCACCGAGAAGGAGACUGGUCCCUGUAUUCCAAACCCGUGUCUGAACGGAGGUCAGUGUGAGCUGGUGUCAGAGCGUCGCAGAGGAGACGUCUUCAGCCACUACUACUGUGAGUGCCCCCCAGAGGCCACAGGGGAGAACUGCAACACACGAAUCCCACCUCCUCCUCUGUUCAACACACAAGGCUUCAGUGUGUGUAUAGAUCAGCCCUGUUUAAAUGGAGGAACCUGUUCUGAACUCAACGGAGACUUACUCUGCUCUUGUCCAUCACCGUAUGUUGGAAACCGCUGUGAGCAACGAUGUAUUUCCCGCCUCGGCCUGCAGGGCGGCGGUGUCUCUGAGGGUCAGAUCCGCUCGUCCUCGGUGCGCUACACUCUGAUGGGGUUACAACGCUGGGGCCCGGAGCUCGCACGCCUUCACCAGAAGGGACUGGUGAAUGCCUGGAGCCCCGCCCCCCAUGACAGACUGCCAUGGUUACAGGUGGAUCUGACUCGGGCCAUGCGGGUCUCUGGUCUGGUGACACAGGGGGCAGGGCAUCUGGGGUACUCUGAGUUUGUGAAGGCCUUUAAAGUCGCAUACAGCCUCAACGGGAGCAACUUCACCUUCUACCAGCGAGACGGGAGAGACCUGGUCUUCUCAGGGAACAUGGAUAAAGACUCUCCAAAGACCUCCCUCCUGGACCCUCCUCUCGCCACUCGGUUCCUCCGAAUUGUCCCUGUGGUCUGCCGCCGAGCUUGUACCAUGAGGCUGGAGCUGAUCGGCUGUGAGCUUAGAGGAUGUUCUGAACCUCUGGGCCUUCAGUCUCGUCUGAUCUCUGAUGCUCAGUUCUCCGCAUCCUCGACCUUCAGGACCUGGGGUCUGGACUCCUUCACCUGGAGACCAGAGUAUGCACGCCUGGACAAGCAAGGGAAGACCAAUGCAUGGUCCCCAGCGACCAGUGACCAGAACCAGUGGAUCCAGGUGGACCUUGGAUCUCUGAAGAAAGUGACUGGGAUCAUCACUCAAGGCGCCAAAGACUUCGGCCACAUUCAUUUCGUCACAGCGUUUAAACUGGCGCACAGCGACAACGGGGAAGACUGGACCAUCGUCAAGAACAAGAAGGGCCAGGACAAGGUGUUUGCGGGGAACAUUGAUAAUAACGUUCACCAUCAGAACCGUCUGGACCCGGCUCUAUUCUGUCGAUACGUGAGAGUCCUGCCCUGGGAUUGGCACGGGAGGAUCAGCCUGAGGCUGGAGCUGCUGGGGUGUGCUCUGUGA